AUGAGGCUCCGCAACCGAGUUUCCGUGGUGAUCGCGAUCGCUGCAACCGUGCUGUUGUGCGCGGGCAUGAUCUGUUCGUGGCUUCUUGCGAUAACGGCGAUCCGCUCGCCUUUCGACGUUCCCAUCCUGCCGCCUUUGUUGCUAGCCACCACUGUUCUUAUCGCUCUGCGUGUGGUGGUCGAGAUAACCUUAAUGCUGUUCUUCGAAAGGCCCUUGCGUGACAGACCCGGCCUUUGCGUGGGCGUGGUCAUGUCUGGAAGCUGCCUGCUUGUCUUGCUAUUGAUCGUGAACGCUGGUAUGUUCCGAUACGAGGGUCGCGCUAUCAGUCACCCGAAUGAGUUUCACGACAAGUUCAACGACUACUAUUGCGACCUGCGUGGCACCGAGGUUUGCACAGAGAAAGACAACUUCGACAAGCUGCUGGAGAUGUUGGUGUCUACGAAUGACACGACUUCAAGGCUGGAGACCGCAUCGCACGCGUUAGACUUCUGCCAACUCAAACUUGUGAGCCACCAAGGAACUGUUCGGCCCUACGAGCAGCGUUUCCUGGACUCGUGCAACUCCACGGAAGCGGUUGACAGGUGGCGCGGAAGCAAGGUGAUGGGGCUGUCCACGAAUGCAACUUUACCGUUCUCGCCGGUGAUCGUGAACCCGGACGUGUAUGAUUCGUUGCUGACAACGUGGCCCACGCACGUGAGGAUCACGUCGAUUACAUUGAUGCUGGUGUUGGUUUGUAUCGAGUUGGUUUACUACCGCGAGCGAAGUCACAAGGCCGUAAUCAAUCAAGUGUAUGUUGGCAAAAAAAACCCUGGAAUGACCAACAUAUCAGUUUUGAUCAAUUUUGCGGCACUGUUGGAGCUACAUGUAGUACACAGAUAA